UGGUGGGGCGGGGCAUCUCUGUGACGCCAGGGGCUGAGCCUAAAUGGCGAAACCCGAGCGGCUCACGGGGGGGUUUGAACUGGCCAAUGGGCGAGCUGCCGACGGGGUGUCGGAAAAGAAGGCGGAAGCGGGGAGGAGUCGCCGCUGGAGCUGGACUGCAUCCGCCGCGGCGUCUCCAUGGCACGACCCUGGCCUCCGACUUCAACGACUUCAUAAGGAGGCGUUUCUGGGCGCAGCCGUGUCGCUCCUGGUUUCCAUCGUGUGGGAAGAACGGAGUAACGAGUCUCACGCAGAAAAAGGUCUUAAGAACACCUUGUGGAGCGCCCAGUGUAACUGUGACGAUCAACCUUUUUUGUGUUGUCCUCCCCCGCCUGCCAGAAGUGAACCAUGAAAGACCGCUCUUCAACUCCCCCCUUACAUGUUCACGUGGAUGAGAACACCCCUGUCCACGUCCACAUAAAAAAACUCCCGAAACCAUCAGCGACCAGCAGCCAGAAAUCUCAUAAGCGCGGAAUGAAAGGGGACACCGUGAAUGUGCGGCGGAGUGUCCGGGUGAAAACCAAGGUACCUUGGAUGCCCCCUGGAAAAUCAUCUGCCCGGCAUGUGGGAUGCAAGUGGGAGAAUCCACCUCAUUGCCUGGAGAUCACUCCACCAUCUUCAGAAAAAUUGGUCUCAGUGAUGCGGUUAAGUGACCUCUCUACAGAAGAUGACGAUUCGGGUCACUGUAAAAUGAACCAUUAUGAUAAGAAGAUUGACAGUCUAAUGAAUGCAGUUGGUUGUCUCAAGUCUGAGGUCAAGAUGCAGAAGGGUGAACGCCAGAUGGCCAAGCGGUUCCUUGAGGAGCGGAAGGAGGAGCUAGAGGAGGUGGCCCAAGAGCUGGCCGAGACUGAGCACGAGAACACAGUGCUCAGGCACAACAUCGAGCGCAUCAAGGAGGAGAAGGACUUCACCAUGCUUCAGAAGAAACACCUCCAGCAGGAGAAGGAGUGCCUCAUGUCCAAGCUGGUGGAGGCUGAAAUGGAUGGAGCUGCUGCCGCCAAGCAAGUCAUGGCCUUGAAGGACACCAUUGGGAAAUUGAAAACAGAGAAACAGAUGACCUGCACGGACAUCAACACCCUGACAAGGCAGAAGGAACUUCUCCUGCAGAAACUGAGCACAUUUGAAGAGACCAACCGCACCCUCCGAGACCUGCUAAGGGAACAGCAUAGCAAAGAGGAUUCAGAAAGGCUAAUGGAGCAACAAGGAGCACUGCUAAAACGGCUGGCGGAGGCCGACUCAGAGAAAGCGCGCCUGCUGUUACUACUGCAAGACAAGGAUAAGGAAGUCGAAGAGCUACUCCAGGAAAUUCAAUGUGAGAAGGCUCAAGCAAAGACAGCAUCUGAGCUUUCUAAGUCCAUGGAGUCCAUGCGUGGGCAUCUGCAGGCUCAGCUUCGGUGCAAAGAGGCUGAGAACAGUCGCCUGUGCAUGCAGAUCAAGAACCUGGAACGCAGUGGGAACCAGCACAAGGCGGAAGUGGAGGCCAUCAUGGAGCAGCUGAAGGAACUGAAGCAGAAGGGAGACCGAGACAAAGAAACCUUGAAAAAGGCCAUCCGAGCCCAAAAGGAGCGAGCCGAGAAGAGCGAGGAGUACGCCGAGCACCUGCACGUGCAACUUGCUGACAAGGAUCUUUAUGUUGCUGAAGCUUUGUCGACUCUGGAAUCAUGGAGGAGCCGCUACAACCAAGUUGUGAAAGACAAGGGAGACCUUGAGCUGGAAAUUAUCGUCCUUAACGACCGGGUGACAGAUCUGGUAAACCAACAACAAACCUUGGAGGAGAAGAUGCGAGAAGACCGGGACAGCCUUGUGGAGAGACUACACCGUCAGACUGCUGAAUAUUCUGCAUUCAAGCUGGAGAAUGAGAGGCUGAAGGCAAGCUUCGCCCCAAUGGAGGACAAACUCAAUCAGGCACACCUCGAGGUCCAACAGCUGAAGGCAUCAGUUAAGAACUAUGAGGGGAUGAUUGACAACUAUAAGAGUCAGGUGAUGAAGACCAGAUUGGAGGCUGAUGAAGUGGCUGCCCAGUUGGAACGCUGUGACAAAGAGAACAAGAUCCUUAAGGAUGAGAUGAACAAAGAGAUUGAAGCGGCACGUCGUCAGUUCCAGUCCCAGCUGGCUGACCUGCAGCAGCUUCCUGACAUCCUCAAGAUCACAGAGGCUAAGCUGGCUGAGUGUCAGGACCAGCUGCAGGGCUACGAGAGGAAGAACAUUGACCUCACAGCCAUCAUAUCAGACCUGCGCAGCCGGAUCGAGCAUCAGGGGGACAAGCUGGAGAUGGCGAGAGAGAAACAUCAGGCUUCCCAGAAGCAAAAUAAACAGCUGAGUCUGAAGGUGGAUGAAUUGGAGAGGAAACUGGAGGCAACCAGUGCCCAGAACAUCGAGUUCCUACAGGUGAUUGCCAAGAGGGAGGAGGCAAUCCACCAGUCCCAGCUACGGCUAGAGGAGAAAACACGGGAAUGUGGGACCCUAGCAAGGCAGUUAGAGAGUGCCAUUGAAGAUGCUAGGAGGCAGGUGGAACAAACCAAGGACCAUGCAGCCUCCAAGGAGCGAGCAGCCCAGAACAAAAUCCUGGACCUUGAGACCCAGCUGAGCAGGACCAAAACAGAACUCAGCCAGCUGCGGCGGAGCCGUGACGAUGCGGACCGCCGCUACCAGAGCCGGCUGCAAGACCUGAAAGAUCGCCUGGAGCAAUCAGAGAGCACCAAUCGCAGCAUGCAGAACUAUGUCCAGUUCCUCAAGUCAUCAUACGCCAACGUUUUUGGGGAUGGUCCCUACACUACCUACCUGACCAGCUCUCCCAUCCGCUCCCGGUCUCCUCCUGCCUGAGGCCACUUGUCUUGGGCCAGGAGUCCUAAUUGUUGCCGUGGAAACUAUGGAGUUGCCAAACCAUACCUGGAAAGCUUGUUGGUUUUCCUCUCUUCCAGUGAAGAAAUGUGUUCAGGAUCUUGUCCUUAGCUACUGGCUCCAGAAAAGUCCCUGAAGCAGCAUGGGGAUGAAGCGGUUUUUCAUGACCCCACUUGAUUCUCUCUUCCCUGAUAUAGUUGCCUGAUGGAAGUUUUUAAAUUAACUUGACAGGCCUUACAUUUACUACUCUAGGGUACCCGAUUUUAGCUCACCAUGACCUUGGUCAUUCCUUUCCCCGGAGAGUGUUUGGACUGAGCCUAUUCCUCCAGUCCCCUUAUAGCCCUCUUCUCUUGAGGAAUCUCCCUCCUCCUAGGUUUUUUCUGCAGGUUUUCUCAGCAGGAGCUGUUAGGCAGGGGUCUGCCUUCCUCCUUAUCCCUCCUACCCCUCCUGGGCUAUGAGCAUCUUCACUUGCUUUAUUUCUUACUUCAUGGGUGCAGUGUUUUUCCCAAGGCUCCCUUCCCAAGUUCAGUGGCAACCUCUCAUGCCUAAGAGUUUCCUUGAGGUCAUUUACCCACAAGCACUUCACAACAGACUGUCUAGGGCUCAUGUCCUAUUGGACUUUUAAAAGUGUAACCCCAAUCUGAUUGAUUUUUUGUUUCUCUUUGCCUGGUUUGUAUCUAAGGAAUGGAUUUGUUCCUGAAAAGUUUGUGUUUUACAAAAAGCUUUUAUAAUCAGUAUUUAAGGCUCUAUUGGAUGAUUUCCAUUACAUACCCCAUCUCUUUUCUAAAAAUGAUCAAUAAAACCCCAGGAAUCUUUUUACAAAGUGAUGCAGGUGAGCCAGUAAACAUUUUUAAAGUACUUGGUGCAUGGAACAUUAGGCCUUUCAUUUCAUUUUGGCCCAUGUUGGUUCUUUGUCCUUUGUGUGCUUUCACAUUAUAAUCCUGUGAGAUGUCUGGAGGAAACAAGCUUUGUAAAGUAUUGCUCAGUGUUUUGGGGCAGACAACUUUAGUUGUUAGGGGGAGAUAAGAUGUAUAUAUAUUACUUUUGUUUAAAAAAUGUUAACUGGUUUCUGAAAGAUAAGAUUAUGGGCCAUUUGUUUUCUUCAAACUUCCCUGUAUUUAAAAGAAAGCAAGCAAAACUUUUUUUUUUUUUUUUUUUUUUAAUAACAGAGAAAAGAACAAAUUUGGUGCUGCUGUGCUGAACUCUAACCUUUCCAGUCUAGCUGGUAUUGGCCUUCUGGGUGAUCCAGUCUUGUCCUCUCUGUCACUCUAACCCAAGUACAAAACUCUAGAGAAUCCCUCUUAUGUCUUUGAAGGCAAUGGGUCUCAUUCAGAUAUCUGGAUUUUAUAGACCAUAAAAAUCCCCUGUCCCCCAAUUUUGGGAAUAUUUGGAGGUUUUCAUCUUUUUUUAACUGUGCCGAGGAAAGUCAUUUAAAAAAAAACAGUCAGCUAUUAUUGUCGCAAAAUCAAGCCCAUUUUCACACCCUUAAGGUAAAUGGACUUGAACUUAUACAAUAUCUGAAAGUUCUUUGCAAGAAAAGAUAGUUGGCAAACUUAACACCAAUAUGCAUACAUACCUGUGUAACUCAUUAUUUUUGUCAUACUAGUGAACACCUUCUCAAUGAAAGGCAUUGGUGUAUGACUCUGUGUGAGAAACACCUCUCUUGGAGUGUAUUGCUGGGACUCUUCAAAAACAUUCUAUUUUUCUUUGUAAAAUAUUUUGUCACAAAAAGUCCAAGGAGUUUGUAAAAUAUCAGAAAGAAGAAUAAAUGUUUAUAUUGCUUCAAACUCCAGAGAGAAGCCUUCCUACCUCAAACUGAGAGCCCAUAAAAUAUGGUACACAAUAGAAGGGUCAGAAAGUCUGGGUUCCUAGUUUAAAAAGCUGACUCUGGGCAAUUAUGAAUCAUACUUGAUUUAUUUUAUUUUUAUUGAGAUAUAAAAUAAAGUGUACAAUUCAGUAGUUUUUAGUAUAUUCACAAAGUUGUACAACCAUCACCACUAUCUAAUUCCAGAACUUUUUCAUUAACCACCCCCCCCAAAAAAAAACUCUUACCUGUUAGCUGUCACUCCCUGUUUCCCUCUCCCCCAAAUCUCUGGCAACCGCUAAUCUACUUUCUGUCUCUAUGGGUUUGCCUUCUCUAGCCAUUUCACAUAAAUGGAAUCAUAAAAUAUGUGGCCUUUUGUGACUGCUUUCACUGAUGUUUUCAAGGUUCAUGUAUCAUGUAU